AUGAUGAACGGCGCCGAGAAGCAAGACCUCGACGAGGACAACUUUGGCGCAAAGGGCAGCAUUGUCAGCGCAUUCGAUGCCUUUCCCAAGUCAAAACCACAAUACGUGACCAGAACAGAGGUCGGCGGCAAAUGGACGGUUGCCAUGGUCAUCGUGUCGGUCGUCCUGUUCUGGGCCGAAACAGCGAGAUGGUGGCGCGGCUCCGAAUGGCACCAUUUCGACGUGGAGGAGGGCAUCUCUCACACGUUGCAAAUCAAUCUCGAUGCCGUCGUCCUCAUGAAGUGCGGCGACUUGCAUGUCAACGUCCAGGAUGCGGCCGGCGACCUCAUCAUGGCCGGCACCAAGCUGAGCAAGGACGAGACGAGCUGGAGGCAAUGGGUCAAUCAGAACGGCGUACACAAGCUGGGCAGGGAUCGCGAGGGCCGUGUCGUCACCGGUGCUGGGUGGCGUAAUUUCGACGAGGAAGGUUUCGGCGAGGAGCACAUCCACGAUAUUGUUGCGCUGGGAAAGAGGCGAGCCAAGUGGGCAAGGACGCCCAAAGUUCAUGGCCCGCCGGAUAGUUGCAGAAUCUACGGAAGCUUGGAGUUGAACAAGGUCCAAGGUGACUUUCACAUUACGGCCCGAGGCCAUGGCUAUCUCAGCCAAGGCGGCCACCUAGACCACUCGAGUUUCAACUUCUCCCACAUUGUCAACGAGCUGUCCUUCGGCCCCUACUACCCAUCACUCGUCAACCCUCUUGACCGCACCUACAAUAUCGCCGAAACCCAUUUCCACAAGUUCCAGUACUACGUAUCCGUCGUGCCCACCCGCUACACGGCCAGUGACAGCUACAUCGUCACGAACCAGUAUGCUGUGACGGAGCAGACCAAGGCUGUUUCCGAGUACAACAUCCCAGGCAUAUUUGUCAAGUACGAUAUCGAGCCCAUUCUGCUUUAUGUGUCCGAGUAUCGGGACCCUUUUCUUCUUUACUUGGUGAAACUCGUCAACAUCCUGUCUGGCGUGCUGGUGACGGGGCACUGGGGGUUCACGCUGACCGAAUGGUUCCGCGAUGUGAUGGGUAAGAAGAGACGGACUAGCACUGUGGGUGGGGGGUUUCUGAACACGAAGCAUGGAUACGAUUCCUAA